GGCAGGCCGCUCCCGCCGCCAUUUUGGAGCGAGCGAGCGAGCGAGCCUGUGGUGGCCGAGCCCUCAGCCCCGGCGCUCGGUGACCGCGCAGCCCGGCCGGGGAGCGAGUCGCUGCCAGGCCCGGGGACGUGCCCCAUGUCCGCGGCCUUGCCGGCCUCUGCAGCCCAGGGAGCAGCGGGAGCGGAGCCUCGGGCCCGCCGCCGCCGCCGGGGAAGGCCGGGCCCGGAGCAGGAAGAUACUUCUAGCUGUCCAAGACUGAGUAUAGCUGAGUUACAUCAUCAGUUUGAUUGGAUAUUUGUGAGUGCAGCCAUUGCAGAUGGAAAAAGAGACUGGAGCGAAACUUCACAUUGAAAGAAAGGUGUUUUCUUUUUUUAAAGAUGAAUACACCCCAGGAACUGUAACCCAAAUGUUUCUCUGUCUGUGGAGAAGAUUUCAUUUUUGAAACGAUUUCUACGGAAGCUGGGUGUGUUCCAUCAUCAUGUUCUGGAAGUUUGAUUUGAACACAACAUCACAUGUGGACAAGCUGCUGGAUAAGGAGGAUGUGACACUGCACGAGCUGAUGGAUGAAGAUGACAUCCUACAGGAGUGCAAGGCACAGAACCGCAAACUGCUGGACUUUAUCUGCCAGCAGCACUGCAUGGAGGAGCUGGUUAGCCUCAUCACACAUGAGCCCCCUGUGGACAUGGAUGAGAAGAUCCGCUUCAAAUACCCGAAUACAGCCUGUGAACUCCUGACCUCUGAUGUGCCACAGAUCAAUGACAAGCUAGGAGGGGAUGAAACUUUAUUGAAUAUCCUGUAUGACUUCUUGGAUCAUGAGCCGCCUUUGAACCCUUUGCUUGCCAGUUUCUUCAGCAAGACUAUUGGGAAUCUCAUUGCAAGAAAAACUGAACAGGUGGUUGCAUUUUUGAGAAGAAAAGACCAAUUUAUUAGCCUGGUACUAAAGCAUAUUGAUACAUCUGCAAUGAUGGACCUGCUGCUUCGUCUGAUCAGCUGCGUGGAACCAGCACCUCUACGGCAGGAAGUAUUAAACUGGCUUAAUGAAGCAAAAGUAAUUCAGAGACUUGUGGCGCUGAUCCAUUCGAGCCAGGAUGAGGAUAGGCAAUCAAAUGCUUCCCAAACCUUGUGUGAUAUCAUAAGACUGAGCAGAGACCAGGGAAACCAGCUACAGGAGAUAUCUGAGCCUGACCCGCUUCUCACAGCACUGGAAUCGCAGGAAUGCGUGGAGCAGCUUUUGAAAAACAUGUUUGAUGGAGACCAGACUGAAAACUGCAUAGUGAAUGGAACUCAGAUUUUAUUAACGUUAUUGGAGACAAGGCGCUCUGGAGUGGAGGGACUGAUGGACUCAUUCUCUCAGGGAUUUGAAAGGUCUUACACUGUCAAUAGCAGCAUCUUACAUGGUAUUGAACCACGGCUAAAGGAUUUUCACCACCUUCUACUCAAUCCCCCCAAGAAAACGUCAAUCCUGACUACAAUUGGUGUCUUGGAGGAGCCAUUGGGGAAUGCUCGUCUUCAUGGAGCUCGACUAAUAGCUGCUCUGCUUCACACAAACACUCCCAGUAUUAACUAUGAACUAUGCAGACUCAAUACCAUGGAUUUAUUACUUGACUUAUUUUUUAAAUACACAUGGAAUAACUUUUUGCACUUCCAAGUGGAACUGUGCAUAGCAGCUAUUCUCUCGCACUCUGUGCAUGAAGGGAAAUCAGCAACAAAUGACCUGGAUAAUAAAGAGGAGGUGCUGAAUGGGAAUGUGACCACAGAGAACUUGAAGACUUCAGACCACAGUCCAGAGAAUAUUAUGGUGACACAUCUGUUCCAGAGGUGCUGCCUGUUGCAGAGGAUAUUGGAUGCCUGGGAAGUCAAUGACAAAAUACAGGCAGAAGGUGGAAUGAGGCGAGGGAAUAUGGGCCACCUUACCCGAAUAGCCAAUGCUGUGGUACAGAAUAUGGAGAAGGGCCCCAUGCAGACCCAGACCAGUGAAUUCAUUAAAGAGCUACCUGAGGAUUGCAGAGGGAGGUGGGAGAGCUUUGUAGAAGAGACGCUGAGAGAGACCAACCGGAAGAAUACAGUGGAUUUGGUGAGCACCCACCAUCUGCAUUCUUCCAGUGAGGACGAGGACAUCGAGAGCGCCUUCCCCAAUGAACUCUCCCUCCAACAGGCAUUCUCAGAGUACCAAAUCCAACAGAUGACAGCCAACUUUGUGGAUCAGUUUGGCUUCAAUGACGAAGAGUUUGCAGACCAGGAUGACAAUAUCAAUGCACCUUUUGACCGGAUUGCAGAGAUUAACUUCAACAUAGAUGCGGAUGAUGACAGUCCAAACGCAUCCCUCUUUGAGGCCUGCUGCAAUGAACGGAUACAACAGUUUGAUGAUAAAGAGGAGGAGGAAGAUAUCUGGGAGGAGAAGGAAAUAACCUAUGCAACCCAAGUCAAAUCAAGAACACGGUUUGGAGUAUCUCAGACCUCAGAAAGUUCCUCAAAAAGUGAUCUAGAGAAUGGGGAUCAUGAUGGCAGUGUGGACUCAGAAGAAGAGGAGGAACCAGAAGAACAAACAACACCUCUCACUGAGAACACCAACAAGAAUAAUCCUUCUGAGCAGAAAGACUCUGACUCUACUGAAGGAUCUGGGUGGACAGCUGUGUUUGAGCCAGUGAAUUCAAAACCCCCAGCACCCUGUGUGGCCAUGGAUGUUGGAUCAAGUGUAUGGGAUUCAGCAGCACCAGAGACCGCCACUCCUGAGGAGAAAGGAUGGGCAAAAUUUACAGACUUUCAACCUUUUUGUUGCUCAGAAUCAGGUCCCAGAUGUAGUUCUCCUGUUGAUACAGAAAGCAGUGACUCAGAGGGAAACCCCAAGCAGGGUCAGGACAAGAACUUCAGCACUGCCUCACCCUGUGUUUGGAAUGUCUGUGUGGCAAGGAAGGCACCACUGGUGGCUUCAGACAGCAGCUCAUCUGGAGGCUCAGACAGUGAGGAAGAGGAGGAUAAAGCUGAUAUCGUCACAGAAACCAUCAGUACAGGUUCAGGCCAGGAAACCAUCAAACUCACCAUGGAUGCUAAGAACGAGAAGGCUGUGUUCACCAGAAUAUUUAGACCUUCAGUCAGAGGUGAUGCUGACUGCCUGGUUAUUGACAAGCUGACCAUCACCGACAUGGGAACGACAAAGGUGUCCAAACCACUAAGGAGCAUGCCCCAGCGUUCUGAGGAGCUCCAGAAUGCUGCAGCUGCCGGCAUGGCUGCCACAGAAAGCACAACAAAAGACAGGAAAGAGGAGGUCUUGCCAUGUGCUGAAGCCACAUUAAAUGGCCCUGCUUGAUGAAUCAAAUGCAAUGGGACUUGUCUGAUCCAGGCCAGGCUGCUACCUGGUGAUGCAAUUUGUCAGUUUUUUUCAUUUUAAUUUUAUUUUUUAAUAAAUGCUGCAUUGAUGAGAGAGCUGGCAUUCAGGACCAGACACACGAUUUCUGCACCAACAAUCUGUUCUGGAAGACACUUGUAUUGUCUACAUGUAGCAUUGAUCAGUUAGUCAUCACAGGAGUGACUCAGUCCUGCCCAAGGAAGCCUUCUGCCUAAUUUUAGUAUCUUGUCCCCCUCCCUCUUCUUCCCUUGUUUUUGUUUUCUAUUCGGGGUUCAAUCCUAUUUUCUUAGUGUUAUUGCACACAGUAUUCAGCUUCUCUUCAGAAAGGUAGCAGGUCUAACGCUGGGACUUGGACGGUGCACAAUAAGUCCUGCAGUCGUGUGACCAAAGUUCCUGAUGGAGCUGUCUUUGGGCAGCAUUUGCACCGCUUUUGUAUAGCAAUAAAGCCUUAUCAGAAACAUUUCAUAGGAGGUAAAGAUAAAACAAACACUUUAAAUGGGAUGAGGCAGGGAGGGCUGGGGAUUUUUUUUUGCGGGGGCGGGAGGGGGUGAAAGGGAAGACAAUGACAUUGUGUCCCAAGCCAGAGGCCAGAUAGCAGAGUUAGUGUAACACUGAACUGCCUAGAGCAGUGGGCUGUCUCUGCAUUCCAGUGAGUUGCACAGUGCUCUGUUUCUGGGGCGUGACAGUUCACUGCAGGAUCUUGGAACAUUUAGCAACUGGUUAUUUCCGUCCACGCCAUCAAAACUCAACCCUAUGGAUGUCGUCGUCCUACGUUGGGCUGGAGAGCGUGCAAAGACAGUAGCAUGUCGUGUUUGCCAUCUGAGAGGACAGUCACCCCAGGACUGCUGCCACGCAGGGACAGGAGCUGAUGUGGCGCAAACAGGUUAUCAGGUGCUUGCUGGCUUUUUGGAGACUAAUGUAUUUUCACAUUGAUAUGGAAAUCUUUUUGUUCUGUUUUUAAAGUUUUUAAUGGAUGCAGGAACAGCAACACUUUUGCACUUUGUACCUAGUGACAGCAUUGGAGAAUGAUGUGGCCCCAGCACAGGACUCCUGCUGUUACGCCCCAUUUAGACGGUUGUGGAGGGGAAUGGGGAGGCACACUGCUCCCAGGAACAGUGAGGUAGAACAGUGCAGAGAAAAGGACGACACCUAGAACUGCCGGGGAGCAAGGUCAUGUAAGGUUGUGUACUUGACCCUGGAACAAAGGAGUCUCUGCAUAAGCGUGAAGUACCCAGCCUGUGCUGGCCUCAGCAAUGAGCUUGUUCCCAGCCUGGACUUGUGCCCUAGGUCAUAUGGGUGUAGAAGAUGGGACGCUUUUAGCACUGGGCUCAGGGUUGUAACAGCAGACUGCCGUAAGCUCUGCUCAGUCUAUACCCCUGUAGGCUUUAGACACAGAGCUGGGCUUGCUUUUGUGUGUAAGCUGUGUGUUGAAACCCGCCUGGUCACAUUUGAAACGACGCUUAUUUUACUAGUCCAAGAUCUAAGCUGGAAAAUCAUUCACUUUGGAAUAAAAGCAUGAGGCUUGGCACAUAGAUAGACAACUUAUUUUCAGCUGUAUUCUUAUCUGUGCGAAUCUGAAGGCCUUCGCCUUGUGAGUAUGAAAAAUAGCCCUGACACAGAUCUGUUAUUGUGAGCCAAAGCACCCCACCCGUAUUUCAGUUUGAUUUUUUAAACAUUUUAUUUUGAAAUGCAUGAUGUGGAGGUACAUUAUGCUGCAUAUUAAAUGUUCUUAAAAGUAUAUUGGUAUAGAAAAGUGAAGAAUGAAAUGUUCCCCCUUGUCCCAGCAGAACAGACCGACUCGGUAUCAGUAUCUGGAAGUGAGGUGCCCACAACACAAGGCGCUCAUUUAUUUGUCCAAAGAUACACAUUUUGGUUUGUUCUUAGGGUAGACUGAGGAUUGCCUUUAUUGGCGUAUCAGAAAUGAAGUCCAGAGCACAGGAAGUAAAAUGAAAUUACACUCUGCAGCCCUGUGUACUUGCGAGUUGUUGUUGGGGCAAUUUCUUGCAGCUGAUACAGCUGUGUUGUCUCCCAACUGCAGUUACUUUGGUAAGCAAAUGCUUUCCACGGCCAUUGUUCCGGAAGCCCUCUCGCCCUCCUUCAUGCAAUUGAAAAGAAAUAAUUGAAAGAUGCAUUGCGCUGGGAGGGAAGCCUCACGCUUACUGUUGAUUGCUCCCCAGGCUGUUCAGAAGCCAGUUUCACUUCACAGCAAGAUUUUCAAAAACAAUUACAUGAUUAGUAACUUUGAGUGCCCAGUUAGAGACGUCUUAGCGGAGUCUGAUUUUCAGAGAGUUGAGGUUCAGCAGUUUAUAAACAUCAGGCCUCUUUAAGAUCCCUUAAGUUGGGCACUCAAAAAAUUAACUGUGUCAAAGCAGAAAUGUUGUUAACCAAAUACAACGGAACUGCAGCUGAUUCCAGCAGUUACUUGAAAUCCAUGGUUGGGUGUGUCGGCCCCAUUAAGUACCUGGCGAGGCCAAUAGCUUGUUCACAAUCUCUUCUCAGUUGCAUUUCUUGGCCUCCAGGGGCUGCAUUUCCAGCUGGUAUAGUUCUGUGACUAAGUGCAGCCUGCUUGGGAUCUCAUUGAGAGGAGAAGGGGAAAUGUCCAUAGGAAUCUGGUCUUUCUCUUGGCUUGAUGCCAUUUCAGCCACUGCAAUAAGGUGAGUUGCAUCAAGUCUGCAGUGUGUUUUAACCUUUUAUGUUUCAUGUUCAUUAGCUUUGAGCAUUGACUUCAGGUGAAAGCUUUAAAAUUUUGUUUAAAACAUAUCCAAUAAGCCGCUCUAAAUGGCCCAGAAUAUGUUAGGAGUGAGCCCCAACCUUCACUGCACAGUGUGAAUUUGGAGGGACUCUAUCUGAAAAGACAAUAGUGAACUUGGUCUCUUGUGCCUAAUUAGUGAUUAGGUAUCUUAUAAAUAGUUAGAUAAACUUGUAGAAAUGCCCAAGAUUUCUUGCUUUUAAGACAGUGAAUGAUUCCUCCAUAUUCUGGGGUUUAGGUUCUGAAUUAUACCUCAUUGGCUCCACAGCAUUGUCCUUCCUAUCAGCCAGUGGACUGAGAUGGAAAGUAGCUUUUAUAUGUUUUCACCCUUAGUAUCUUGGAGGUUGUAACUUAGCACAGAACCUGUCAGGUGGCGGUGUCCCUGCCUGACCCAAAUGAUUUUAUUAGUAAGCUACGCACAAAACUCUGGUUGUCUGUAUAUUGAACUCCCUGCUUUCUAAAGUCACGUACAGUAUGUAUAAAUUAAGGUUGCUUUGUCUCCAGUUCAUGUGGCAUGCAGUUUUUCCAUUUGGUCCUCGUUGCUAUCUGAACUUUCUUCCUACAAUCUAGUGCUCUUGUUGUGUGGCUGUCCGGACAUUUGAUUGCUGUACUGUAUUUGGAUGACCUUUCGUGGUUAUUUUCUUUUAAGGGUUCACAAUGACUUGAUAGGCAAUUGAGUUAACCCUUUCCUAGGCCGUGCUAUGCUUUGUGCAAUCUCCCAGUUGCAACUAAGAUGUUUCCAUUGUUUACGAUGACGGAUUGGGACUGACUUUGACCAUUGGAGGUGUUCUUCGUCGGACAUAUGCUAUACAUCUUGGUCCUUCCAUAGGGAAAGCAAUGUAUCCUGGGGAGGAAUUGUUGCACAAGGUUGGAAGCAAGGCAUAUUCUCUACCAAAGAUGGAUUUAUUUGCACCCAGCUGUAUCCUUCAAAAAUAAUUUUAGACUGGGGCAAAAUUAUGAUCAGAUCAUGAUCAGAAAGCAAUGAAGACUGAACAGGAACUAUAUUCAGCUCUCUCCUUCCCCAUCUACAUGCAGUAUUUAAAUCUGAUCAUAUCUAUAUGGUAUGUAUAAUUUUUUUAGUUUUGAGUGUGUGUGUGUGUAUGUGUAUAUAUAUAUAUAUAUAUAUAUACUGAUGUGUGUAUAUAAAUAGCAUAAUACAGAUUUUUAUAUAUAUAUAUAUAUGUAUGUAUGUAUGUUUAUAUACACACACAUUUGGAAAUUGUAUGAAACUUAGCGAAAUGGAGACUCAAUGCACAAAGACCUUGAUUUACAUAUGUAUGUACAGGUACAUGUAAAACUCCAAGCCAUGCACGGCCGUAUUUGUUGGUUAAGACUGAGGCUGAUAGAGCAUAGCUUGUGGUGGGAAAAUCUGUCGUAUAUAUUCUAGUUUAAUAAUUUUACCCAGCAGGGCAUUGAAAUUUAAAUGGAUUACAAAAGUGCAUUGGCUGCAAAAUGACUGAUUUAUAUCAUUGCUUGUGACAUCAGUGCUGCUGUACAAUACUUUAUCUGCCAAUGUGCUUUUGUACUGGAACAGGCGGAGGAGUUGGUUGCACACUUCAUAGAGAAACGUAUACAAAUCACCUGUCAUUAAACAGUUCUUACGUUGUAAUGACAUCUCACCUUGAAACUGGUAGGACUGUGAAAAAAUCCUUCAUUCUUUCAGGCAUCAUAAUACGAUCUCUGGACUUUUGGUGAGUCCUGUCUUGUGAUGUCAGUUGAUCAUUAUCAAGUGUGUACAACCACUCUGUUGAAAACCAGGGUAUAUUACAUUUGCAAAAAGAUUAAAUAUGUGAAAGGCAAAUCUAUGGUAAUUGCUGUCAGGCCAUCCCAUUGUAGAGAUGUAUCAGAGAUAACUGGUUAGGGGGCAUGGGAACUUGCAAACUCAAGUUGUUGUGUUAGAAUCUUUUGCCUUGCUUUUGUGUAGACCUGUUUGUCUGAAUUCUCUUUCACGUUGGUCUGUUCAGGAUUUGGAGAAUGUAGGGACUGCUGCUAGCAGGGAGACCUAUUCUUACAGAUUGAAUGGGACUUGGAAUUGCUUUCUCAGGUGUGAAUUCCCCUGCUGCUAACGUAAAAGAAUGGUUCACUUCAAAAUUGUACCACCGUAAAAACAAAGGAUACUUGAACCAAGGAUAUUUGGUUUUGUUCAGCACAGCCGUCUGAAAAGCUGGUGAAGUUUUUUCUUUACUCUGGCUUGUUUGAACACCCAGCUGAUGACAGCCAUCUCAGUCAAAAUGUUUGGGACACAGGUGUAAAAUUUGCAGGCCGGGGGAGAGGAAAAGGAGAGCUGAGGCCUGAAAUUGAAAUUGUAAAGGUGGCAGUACAGUGUGCCCCCAUUAUCUGCUGGUGUCCGAAAAUGAGGUUCAUCAAGAUGGCCGGCCAGCUGUAACUGAAAGCUUCAUCUAGCUUAUUUAACAGGUUGUACCUGGCCAGAAGUUCUGGCUGAUAGAUAGCUAUCCAUGGGCUGCUCACUGACAUCUACUCCAGAAUGGUUUUCCUAUGUUUCUUUCUAAUGUUUCACUUUCCCUCUAGUUCCCCUGGGCAGAAGCCUCUUGAUUUCCUUCUGCCUUUUUAGAAGUUGGAGCCUUUGUUGCUAGUACAGUGCUCUGAUGUGUGGUUUCAGGAUCCACAGCCCUCUGCAGGGAUAUCACAGAUUUUGCUUCCCUUCCUCAUAUUGUGCAACUUCCCUUGCAUUUUUAACUCCUCUCCCUUUGUACUUUUAAUUAUGGCUUCAUCUUCCAGGACGAUGAGCCACUUCUACUCCAGCCGUAAUCACGUUUAAAUGAAAGCAUCCCCAUUUCCCUCACUUGUCCAACAGUUCUGACAGAGAAACAAUUGCGUUACAGCAGAAUCGACAGUGGUUAAGGUGCAUGGUGGAUUGUCAGUGUUGAUGUGUUAAAAGAGGGGGCCCAGUGGAAGUGGAGGCAGAACAAGUCUUCAUUGCUUUGUGUAUUCUGAUAGUCAGACAUGCAGCUCAGUGUCACAUGAGACUCGUGGAGUUCUUAUUGUUUCAGUUUAAUUUUAAGAAAAAAUACAGCAGCUCAUCUUGUAAUUUUUAACCAUUAUUCCAAAGAAUAGGUUUCCUUCUCCUGUUGAUCUUCCCAUAACAGUGACCUUACUCUGAACGGCUGAACUAUGUUCCAAUCAGUUGAUUUAGUCUCUAGCUAUUAAGAUAGAUUUUGCUGUGAUUUUUUUUUAAAAGUGUCUAUAAAACAAAAUGAAACCUGGUGUUCACAACGGUUUGUUGGUGUUUGUUUGCCCCAGCAUCAGUUCUCUGUGAAAUCCUAAUCAAGCACUUCAUUAUUGUUCUGAAAACAUGUUUUUUCUGGUUAUAGGCUCUCACAGGGCAAGUGUACUGCACAGAUUUAUUCUUUCACCAGGGCCAGCUUUAAAAUAAAAUAUUUUUGGUUGG